CAGGAACGCAGCUCCCUCCCACAUCUCCUCCCUCAUGCUGCCGUCUAAUGGAUGUGCGUCUGACGGGUAGAACGCACGUCUCACUGCUCUGGAUGCUCGCUAUCUCCAGCUGCGUUGUCCCUGGGCGCACAAUUACGCACGGCUUAAACAAUUCCAAUAACAAGCUCACCCUCCGAUAUUCAAUAUCAGGAUCCGUUCAUUCUGAUGUAUUUUUUGCAUAAUUAAGCGGAAACUUGUCAUAUCCGUGUGUGCGGAUAUCUUUCUGCGAGGUCUCCAGAAAGUGAUGAGUGCGGAGCUGGCGUAAACUUCUCUUCGGCUUCCUUCGUCUCCAUUCAGUCUUCCAUUAAAGAUGCACAUCCUCUUGUACGCAGCUGUGUUCCUGUACCUUAAGGAGUCCGCCUUCGCAAAGCCCAAAGACAAGUGUCCGACACGGUGCGAUGUGAGUACCUGUCCGAGCCCCGGCUGCCCCAGCGGCUACGUGCCGGAUCGCUGCAACUGCUGCUUGGUGUGCGCCCAGGCGGAGGGAGAGCCGUGCGGCCGAAAGGACGACCUGCCUUGCGGCGACGCGCUGGAGUGCAAACACCCGGCGGGCAAGCGGCUGUCCAAGGGCUUCUGUCGGUGUCGAUUCCGCCAGGACGUGUGCGGAAGCAACGGGAAGACGUACGGCAACGUGUGCCAACUAAAGGCCACCAGCAGAAAGGCGCUGCAGCAAGGACUGCCUGCAUUCAACCUGGCCCACAAGGGACCGUGUGACAACAGCACAGGUCCUUCUCAUGCUGACAGUCCUCGUUACAAGUUCAACUUCAUAGCUGACGUAGUGGAGAAAAUCGCCCCUGCUGUGGUCCACAUCGAACUCUUCCUCAGACAUCCACUCUUCGGUCGGAACAUUCCUCUGUCCAGUGGAUCGGGGUUUCUGCUGUCAGAUAACGGACUGAUUGUGACCAACGCCCACGUAGUGUCCAGCACCACACCAGUGUCCGGUCAACAGCAUCUCAAGGUUCAGAUGCAUGAUGGUCAUGUAUAUGAAGCGAACAUCAAAGACAUUGACAAAAAGUCGGACAUUGCUACUAUCAAAAUCAAUUCACAGAUGAAACUGCCGGUAUUGUUCCUGGGACACAGCGCAGACUUGAGGCCCGGGGAGUUCGUUGUUGCCAUCGGAAGCCCCUUCGCCCUCCAGAACACCGUCACCACCGGCAUCGUCAGCACCGCACAGAGAGAUGGCAAGGAGCUGGGCCUCAAGGACUCAGACAUGGACUACAUCCAGACAGAUGCUAUAAUCAACUAUGGGAAUUCAGGAGGACCUCUUGUCAAUUUGGAUGGAGAGGUGAUUGGCAUCAACACCCUGAAGGUUGCAGCAGGAAUCUCAUUUGCCAUACCGGCUGACAGGAUCACUCUCUUCCUCAAUGAUUCUCUGGACAAGCACAACAAAGAUGUAAGGUCAAUAAAGAAACGUUUCAUUGGAAUCAGUAUGCUGACCAUCACACCGGCGUUAAUUGAAAAGCUUAAACAACAGAACCUGGACUUCCCUGAUGUUACCAGUGGGAUUUAUGUUCAUGGAGUUAUUCCUCACUCACCUGCACAAAAAGGCGGUAUCAAAGAGGGUGACAUUAUUGUGAAACUGAAUGGUAAAUCUCUCAUGGCCACAGCUGACUUGCAGGAAGCGCUGCAGGAAGAGACAGCCCUACUGCUAGAGGUCAGGAGGGACAACGACGAUCUGCUAUUCAACAUUGAACCAGACGUAAUCAUGCAGUAAACAACGAAAGCGCCUCAGUAAUGUGGCGUUAUAUCAUCAUGUAAGGCCUUAUUUUUGUGAGAGGACACAGCGGAUGGUGGAAACGCUGCAUCGGUGCAGUGGAACUUUUGUCAAAUGCGCACGUAUUCUGGUACUUUGUCACCCGGCUAUUAACUGUAUCAUAGGAAAAGAAGCCUGUGGGUGACAUGGUACAAUGCAUGGAUGUUUCACCAUCCAGGAUGGAAAGCUGUGCCUUCCAUCUGCUUAGACCGGGUCAAUAUUGGAACAGGGCCAUACAUGUACACCCUAAAGAAUUUCAUAAACACAAACCGUGAUAAAAAUUGUUUUCUUACAAAAUCACAAAUUCGCCCUAAAUUGUUUAUCCGUAAUAAUCUGUUUUUGUUUUUUUCGGUAACCGCCAACAAGCUAAAAACUGAAAUGAACACGAAAUGAACACGUGCGCACUGAUAUGGAACGGUCAAUGUAAACAGAUGUACAGUACUUUAUGGCUCCAUAGAGUACACCCAAUCAAAAUGCUUGAUUUCAUCUACCCGUAUUAUCAUUUGUAUUAUAUGUACUCUGUCAUUUGUGUGAUCACAAUAAUCCUUCCAGGGUGUUGCGGGAGGGUUUGCUUUACAUUGGAACCGGAUUUAUUUUAUAUAUUAAAAUACUUUUUAAAAAAGAUAAUGAAUUUAGGAGCUUUCAUUACAAAAAUGCUGAACUUUUGGGACACUGGGUUAAUUUACUUUUUGAGAGAUCCUUGCUCGAUUUGUUUGGAACGAUAAUUUAAACAAACCAUUUUUUCUGUGUUUUGCCAAAUCCCCCAAAAAGAACUCGAUCUCUAGUGUCUUGUUUUUGGUGAAUAUUAUUAGAAGUUGAAUUUGAUUUGCAGGACUUGACUUUUGCUGGGUGUGGUUUAAGAUUUUAGAUCAUAUAUCAUAUACAGCGUGAGAGUUUAAAUUGUCGCUGUGAUUAUUGCUUGAUUAUUUUAUUGUGUGGAGUUAUUUGGGUUCAAAACUAUUUUUUGUAUAAAUAGAACCAUAAAACCAAAUGUUUACAUGUAAGUUGCCCUUGGGCUGGUGCUUUAUCCACCAAAUAAAGUUUUUACAAAGUAA